UCCCUUGUACCAUUAACCCAUUCACAAAGGAAAAAAAGAGAGAGAUGGCUCUGAGAAUGUGGGCUUCUUCUACAGCCAACGCUCUCAAGCUCUCUCGCGCCUCCAAGGCUAACCUCUCUCCCGCUUUCUCCAUCUCCAGAUGCUUCUCCACAGUGUUGGAGGGGCUGAAGUAUGCGAGUUCACACGAGUGGGUGAAACAUGAAGGCUCUGUGGCUAUCAUUGGCAUCAGUGACCAUGCCCAGGACCAUCUAGGUGAAGUGGUGUUUGUGGAGCUGCCAGAAGAGAAUGCUUCAGUUAACAAAGACAAAGCCUUUGGAGCUGUGGAGAGUGUCAAAGCCACGAGUGAAAUCAUUUCCCCCAUCUCCGGUGAAGUCAUUGAAAUCAACACAAAACUCGCCGACUCGCCCGGCCUGAUCAACUCGAGCCCUUAUGAAGAUGGCUGGAUGAUCAAAGUGAAGCCAAGCAGUCCCUCGGAGCUGGAAUCUUUGAUGGGUCCAAAGGAAUACACCAAGUUCUGCGAGGAAGAAGAUGCUUCUCACUAGCCCUAAAAAGAAGAAAAACAAUGAAAAUCCACAAACUGACCCACCAUAAAGAUCAAUCUAUCAAUUCUCGUGUUUCUUUCUCCUCA